GCGGCGGGCAGCACGGGUGGCGCUUCCUCUGCGGCGCCCAUGGGGACAGGACGACUUUAAAGGAGUUUGGGGGGGUUCUGGCGCUGGGCGACCACGGAUCCAGCGAUUCCUGCCCUCGCUUCGCCCUGUCAUUGAUGGGAAAUCAACUGGAUCGCAUCACCCAUCUAAAUUACAGCGAGCUGCCGACCGGAGACCCCUCGGGGAUCGAGAAGGACGAGCUGCGCGUCGGGGUGGCUUACUUCUUUUCGGAUGAGGAGGAGGACCUGGACGAGCGAGGCCAGCCAGACAAGUACGGCGUGAAAGGCUCCGGCAGCCCUGGGCAGGAGACGCCCACCCACCACCUCCACCACCAGCUGGUGCUGAACGAGACCCAGUUCUCCGCUUUCCGCGGCCAGGAAUGCAUCUUCUCCAAGGUCAGCAGCGGCCCCCAGGCUGGGGACCUCAGCGUCUACUCGGUGUCAGCCCUGCCCGCCCUCUGCAAGCCGGGGGACCUGCUGGAGCUGCUCUACCUGGGGCCGUCGGAGCACCCGCCGCCGCACUGGGUCGUGUACGUGGGAGGCGGGCAGAUCAUCCACCUGCACCAGGGGCAGAUCCGCCAGGACAGCUUGUACGAGGCGGCCGCGGGCAACGUGGGCCGGGUGGUGAAUAGCUGGUACCGCUUCCGCCCGCUGGUGGCGGAGCUGGUGGUGCAGAACGCCUGCGGGCACCUGGGCUUAAAAAGCGACGAGAUCUGCUGGACUAACUCCGAGAGCUUCGCCGCCUGGUGCCGCUUCGGGAAACGGGAGUUCAAAGCCGGGGGGGAGCUGCAGGCGGCUGCUGGCACCCAGCACCAGCAGCAGUACUAUCUCAAGAUCCACUUGGCAGAGAACAAGGUGCAUACGGUGAGGUUCCACAGCCUGGAGGAUCUAAUACGCGAGAAGCGCAGGAUCGAUGCCAGUGGCAAACUGAGGGUGAUCAAAGACCUGGCUAUAGUGGAUGGGAAAGAAUAGGGAGGAGCAGGAGUACGUGGCUAUCUUCCUUCUGCCCUGCCCGGGGAGACCAGCCUGCCGUAGAGUCGGGAGGCUGCACCCUCCUUCCGUGGGACGCAACUGGAAGCAGGAUCCAUGGCAACAUUCCAAAAAAAAAAAAA